AUGGGUGAUAUCAAAAGUGUUCUUGUUUCGAUCUCAGCUGUCUCUGAGAUCUCGGAGCGCAAGCGUACUUUCUCAAGUCUCUCGACUGGUACCACGUCAUCUCUCGCCGCCCCCAAGACACGCCAACCUCCCCGUGUGACAAGCACCGAAAAGGUUCGCGAGCUAGUACGAUUAGCAAUUACAAGACUCCGUGUCCUAUUGAACGAGAACAAAGGCACGCGCAGGCCGAUCUCCCAGAAGGGAUUGUUCUCCUACAACUACGUCGAGCCCCUUUUCAACUGGUGGGGCGCAAACUAUCGCGUUCUCACCACUCAAUGCCUCGGCCGGGUCGAAGCCUCCGACGCACUGGGUUCCGUGACGAAGCUUGUCAACGGAGCGUCUCACAACUAUGCUGGCUUCUACAAGGCUACUUCUCAGGCUGAGGAGUUGCAGCGGCUGUGUUUGGAAGCACUGCCAGUGUCCGACACCCGGGCUGUGCCCCUUCUCCGAGACGAAACGCAUCAUGCAAUUGCAGACUUCUUUGGAGCGGACUUUUGCUUCACCACUAGCACUGGGUAUGGAUCUAAUUACAUCGCGCUGCCAGCAUUGAUCGAUUGCUCCACUAUGGUCAUCAUGGAUGAGAACUGCCACAACUCGAUGUUCACCGGCGCGUUUUUGGCCUCCUCACCAAACUUACGAAAGUUCAAACACAACAAUAUGGAGCACCUUGAAUUUUACUCAGCGGGUGUAUUGAUGAGUCUGUCAAUUAUGGAAGCCGAUAUACCCCCCCUGGAUCUCCUGCAUCAUUUGAAAAAGGACUACGACUUUACUCUUUACUGUGACGAGGCGCACUCAUUCCUUUCUCUUGGGAAGACGGGUCGCGGAUGCCUCGAAUACUGGAAUAACCACCACCCAGAGAGCCCCUUACCCUGGGAUCUGAUUGACAUUCGCACUGGUACACUUUCCAAAGCUAUCGGUGGUAUUGGAGGUAUCAUCGUCGGGAGGGCUGUCUUUCAGGACAUCAUCCGUGAGCGCAUCGAAGGCCUCAACGACCAGGACAAUGUCUCCUUGCCUAGCUCGACAAUGAUCCAGACGUUAUGGGUACUGGGUCAGCCACGUCGAAUUGGCCGUAGCCUCCAACGGCUUGCUGAAAUUGCCCGAUUCUGUCGCGAGGAGUUGGAACGCUUCGGUAUAUUCGUUUAUGGUGACGUCGGUACACCGGUUCUGCCUGUCUACACCGGCAGGCCUAGCCUUUCUGCGAAGCUCUCUUACGCCUUGAGAUGCGCCGGACUACUUGCGACACCAGUCUGCACUCCAGCAGUGCCGUUUUAG